AUGGCGUUAACUCGACAAAUAUUUAAAAAUCAAUCGAAUUCGAACAGUAACUGGUUCUCGAGUCCAAAUAAUCAACGUGAAGUAGAAAAUGAUCGACAAAUACGUCAACGUCAACUAGCACAAGAACGUCUACAAAGUGAAAUGCAGUCAUUUGAACAGAAAGCCUCUAAUAAACGGACGUUACGUGAACAGAGUCGAGUUGAGCGUGAUCGUGCAAUGGAAGAAUCAAUUAUUCGGCAACAAUGUGAGAAAAAAUUGGCUCAAGAUGCGCGUGAACAAGAAGAACGAUUAGCCACUGAAUUAGAACGUAUUAAACAUGAGAAAUUACGAGAUGAAAAGAUGAGACAACAAAUAAGAGAUACAAGUUACGAAUUACGAGAGUUGGAGUCAAAACUUCGUUCAGCUUAUGUUCAGAAAGAGCGAGCAGCACAAAUGGCUGAAAAAGAAGCAAUUAAAUUUGAUAGUUUCGCGGAAGAUGCUGAAAUAGCUAAACGAAUGCGCGAAGAAACGGUUAAAGCAGAAGAAGAUAGACGAUCGAAAGAAAUUAUACGUCAACAAGAAAUGAUCCGUUAUAAACAGGAACUAGAACGGCAAUUGGAAGAACGUGAAUUAUCGAAACAAAAAGCUUAUGAAGAAUUUCUUCGUGAAAAAUUGGUUAUCGAUGAAAUUGUUCGUAAGAUAUAUGAAGAAGAUCAAAGAGAAAUGGAACGUAAAAUGGAAAGACAACGUGCUACAAGAGAAUUUGUUCAGGAAUUUAAACGUAAACGUGAACAAUGGAAGAUUGUGGAGCGUCAACGAAUGGAAGAUGAAAAUCGUCGAAUUAAAGAAUAUGCACAAGCUCAGGAACAACGACAAGAGAUUCAAAAAGCGGAGAAGAGAGCGCGAGAACAAGCAAUGGGCAAAGUUCAAAAACAAUUAGCUGAACAAAUUCGUCGUGAUAAAGAGGAACGAGAAGAAAUGGAACGUGUUCGACAAGAACUGUACUUAGAAGAACAAGAAGAUAAUAUUCGACAAAAAGAACGAGAUGAACUUGAGCAACGUAUUCGACAACGUUUAGAACUUCAGAAAGAACGUGAUGAACAGCUGGCAUUCAAAAAAAUGCGUGAUGUCGAAGUGAGAGACGAAGAAGAUCGUUUUAGACAACAGCUAAUGACAAAAUUUGCUGAAGAUGAUAGAAUUGAACAAAUGAAUGCUCAAAAACGAAGAAUGAAACAAAUUGAACACAAACGUGCAGUGGAUACAUUAUUGGAAGACCGCCGUCAACGAAUGGAAGUUGAGAAGAAACGUGAAGUCGCAGAUCGUGUUGAUGCAGAAAGAGUGGAACAAGUUCGUCGACAAAUCAUUGAAGAGGAACGUGUUAAAUUACUCAAAGAACAUGCGAAUAGAUUGCUUGGUUACUUGCCUAAGGGUGUUAUUCGAGAUGAAAAAGAUUUGGAUUUAUUGGGAAGUGAUUUUAAACGCGAAUUUCAAAGAAGACAAGUUAAUAUUCAAAAUCCUGACGGAUGGGAUAAUCUUUAA